GAGUGGCUGGACUUGCGCUGCAGAGGUGUUCGCAAUGCCAACGCCUACAUCCUGGUGUAUGACAUCUGCUGCGUGGAGAGCUUUGAAUACGUCAAGAUGAUCAGACAACAGAUAGUCGAGCACAGGGAGGGCAGCAGCAGCGAGGUGCCGAUCCUGGUGGUGGGCAACAAGAGAGAUCUGCAGCGACAGCGCUUCAUGCCUCGCAGGGCCGUGUCGGUUCUGGUGAAGAAGACGUGGAAGUGCGGCUACGUCGAGUGCUCGGCCAAGUUCAACUGGCACGUCGUCCUGCUCUUCAAAGAGCUGCUGGGCAUCGCUGUGACGCGGGGCAUGCGCCAGAAUCACACCUCCAUCCGUCUGCAGGGGGCGCUACAGAGAAACCGCUGCACCAUUAUGUGACCCCCAUCCACCCCCCCUCUCUCUCACCUUAGGCGAGGAGCGGCAGUGGAAAACAGAACUUUUAUCUCAAUGGCUGGAAAUAUACCCUGUGGCCUCCUGCUUUACUGAGCUGAUUUUUCAUAAUGAGGUUUAUUAGACUCUUAUGCGCUGUAAAGACACUGACAUUCACACAUGGUCAUCCAACCACUUCCUACUCAAAUUCUGCCAAAUGUAAAGGUGUGAGAAGAGUAGAGGAAGCAGGUGAAAACCUAUACGACUAGAAUAGCACAGUUAUAUUUGCUCACAUCAGCUAGACGGCUCCACAUUUGAGGGCUGCGCUUUCCCUAAUGACACAGCAGCAGGUGUAGAGAGAGGGCUGUCUUUUGGGUCUGACAGGACUGAAGCUGAGAUUGUGAGACUCAAAACAAUGAGGCAGCAAUAUCAUCGAGUCUUCCUUUUGAAUUCAUCAUAUUCAGUAAAGUCAAGCACACGCUCAUACCUGACACGUUUGGAUAUUCUUUGAAGUUUGUGCGGCUAAGAGUCAUCAAGAUAGAAUAAGAAAAGAGCUGCAUUGCUGGGAGAGAUCAUGUAGAAAUGAGAUUAGAAGGAAUUGAUUUUAAGAUUCUGAGGAAGUAGCCUGUUUUUUGUUUUUUUUCCCCUUCCCCUGUCCUUGUUUUCAAACCCGAGAGAUGUUUUAAGGUUUGUCUUGCAGCAGAAAAUACUGCAGUCCCUAUCUCGAUGUAGUACUGUAGGGCUUUAAUCUGCUCACUCAGUGUGUCUGUUUUUUGAUGAAUACAUUAAAUCCAGGGAACUGGGAACCUGCAGGAGGCUGCAAGUCUGAGACAAGACCCUGUGCAUGCGAUGUAUGAUGUGUGAGAGUGUGUGUGUGUGUGAGCGAGAGAGAGAGAGAGAGAGAGAGAGAGAAGGAGUGAGGGACAGGGAGACAGGUUUGAUAGCUGACAUUCAGGCAAAGUAAAGGACAGACACUGCAUGAUAACAGAUGGGUGUUGAAGCUUUGGAUUAGGAAGGAGCAAUAACACCCCCCCCCC